GAGCAGAUCCAGCUUGCUUUCUGCUGGCUUGGCUCCGAGUGAGAAUUGUUUGUCGCACGAAUUCCAUUCAAGCUGCUGCUCGUGCUGCUGCCACUACUACUUCUGCUUGUACGAUACCAACUCUUAUCCAAAUCCAGACACAAUGAAGCUCACUAUGAAAUCCACCCUCUUCGGUCUUCUUGCACUGGCGAACAGUCCCUCGAUGACGGGCGCCUUUGCCCCUUCUGUUCGAUCCUCGCCGUUCGCUCCGUCCCUGCUCAAGGUACGUGCCUUGUGUUGUGUCGUGUUGUGCUGUGCCAAUACCAACACCUGCCGAGCCGUCGAUCGCCGAGCCGUGUUUGGGUGUGCGUUGCUGGCUUGCUUGCUGGUAGGCAAGCUCGCUUUUGCGUUCGCUGUGCAUCCAAUGCGUUGUGUGUUACAGUAUUUGCUGUUUGUCGUUUGUCGUUUGUCGCUUGUUGUUUCUAAUCCAACCCUUGCCGUCCCUUCCCCGCCGUUUGCCUUCGCUUCGUCUCGUCUCGUCUCGUCCCUGCUCCGCUCCCUCACCACAGGCGGCGGAGAGCGAGGUGUCCUUUGGAGACCUCGACGGGAGCGACGUCCGCAUCGGGAUCAUCCGCACCCGGUGGAACGACGAGCACGUGACGAACCUGGUCGACGGCUGCAAGGAGGCCCUGAAGGAGUGCAACGUCAAGGAGGAAAACAUCUUCGAGACGAGCAUCGCGGGGGCCUACGAGCUGCCGCUCAGCGCAAGAUUCCUGGCGCUCAGCGGGACCGUCGACGCCAUUGUCACGGCGGGGGUCCUGAUCAAGGGGGAGGUACGUGAAUGUUAACGUGAAUUUUAAUGUGAAUAGUGGUGACCGGUUUUGGCUUGGUUUUGGUGUGGCUUGGUUUUGGUUCUUUGGUUCGUGUUGGCAAGCGUUGCCUUUUCGAAAGAAACGACGCGUUGUCUUGCGUUCUGCCGCGUUGCACCAAAGCCAUUCCUGGGAACGAGCACAACAAAACGAUGCGAUGCGAUGCGAAACGAGUCAACAACACGAUCGUUUCCUUUCGUUCUAUUCGAAUCGAAUCCAAUCAAUUCGGCUCGGUUCCUUUGUGUCGGCGGAACGAAAACGGAACAAAAACGAAACGAAAAACGAUCCGUGCGUUCCAUCCGUCCUGUCUGUCUAUCACUCACCCACUGCGCCAUCCGAUCCGUUCCCACGCAACACAACGCAACACAACGCUAAAUAACGCAACGCAAAAUAACGCAACGCAACAGACCAUGCACUUCGAAUACAUCUCCGACGCCGUCUCCUCCGGCCUGAUGAACGUCCAGCUGCAAACGUCCUGCCCCGUCGUGUACGGCGUCCUCAACUGCAUGAACGAGGACCAGGUGAAGGCCCGCAGCUCCGGGGACAACAACCACGGGUACGACUGGGGAAAGACCGCCGUCGAGAUGGCCCUCCUGCGCAACGAGGCCCUCAACAUCAAGGCGAUGGGCGGGUCCGAGAACAAGCUGGCCGACGUUGGCUUUUCGAAGAAGGAAGCCUCCGAGGGAGCGAGCGAAAAAAAGGCGMCCGGAUUUUUUUAGAGGAGAGAGAGAGAAGAGAGAGAGAGUUUUCGGGACACGGAGGGAACGAACGAGCGACAAAAUGGCGGUGGCCGAUUGGGUUUUUCCGAACAAAUACCACAACACAACCGCUAUGCAACUAGCCUGCCUCGCCACCCAUGCGGUACCGCUCUCUACAAUCUCGAUCUACCAGGUGGCAGGAAUCGUUCGUUCGGUGAUGCUCCAUAGAAUAUUGAUACAAUGAUUAUGGUACAGUAAGACUAUGAUUAGACUACGUAU